AUUGUCAACAUGGCGUCUGCUGGUUGCGUGGUAUGCAUCGGUGGUGUCAGCGUAAACCCAUGUUUUCCAAGCGUGCCGGCGUUCCAACCCUAGCGACAAUGGGUUCACCGCGCCAGCCGUCGCAAAUGGACGUCGUCAAGACGUCCGACCUUCAGGGCUUGCUGGAGUUUUGCACGAAAACCGUCUUCAGCUCGACGACGAGCAACGCGGAACAGGCUCGCAGGAACGCUGACAUCCAGCAGAAGUGCGAAGACCUUUUUGCCAAGGACUAUGUGCUCAAAGUUAUUGAGAAUGAGCAGGGUUCCAUGAGCAGCACGUACCCGAACAGGAUCAUCCUUUUGGAGCAUCCCAUUGGUAGCCAAAACACCGACACUUCUCCCAGGCCGGCCGGCGGGCUCGGGUCGCUGCCCGACGUGCAGGACUUGCGGGAGCAGAUUCAGAAGGCUCGGAUUGCGAGGUGUCGCACGCGGUUCCCGGUCCCUGUUAUCCUGUAUGAGGGAAAGCACAUAUGCAGGUCAGCGACGCUUGCGGGCGGCGCCGAGAUCUACAGCCGCUCGGGCUUCGACUUCCUCUUCUCCGAUAAGCGGUCGACAGAGAACAGGAGAAACGUGGACAAUGGAAACACGAGAGCAUCAAACAUCACGGAGCCUUUGCAGCCGCACUCUUUAGGACUGCCCUCGGACUAUGCGGACACAGAAUCCAACGCCAGUGUUGCAGCGGCUGAUAGUCUUGCGGAAGACGAGAACUUCAUCGAUCUGGCAAAGGACAAUGCACCGCCGGCCACUGCUGGAAACUGGCCGCUGUUCAGCACUUUGCGCAUGGAGGACAUCCGGUUGCUCAGGCUGCUCUCUGUCGACCACAUUUGCGACUUUAUGGUGGAGAACAAGAAGGUCAAGUUCUUUCUCAAAGUAACAUCUUCUGAAAAGGUUGACAAAGAAAACAGGUACAACGGGUUCACCAUCUACAACCUUCCUUACCCAGGUUGUGAGUUCUUCAAGCACUACCGAGACAAUGACUAUAGUGGAGAGGGACUCAUCUACGACUGGGAUCAGCAUUUCGUGAAUGCCCCCCUCAACAUUCCCGACGACGCGAUCACCUCUCAGCUCAACAUUGACUGGCCAAUGUACAAGACAUGGGACGUCGUGGUACUCACGAGAAAUUACCUUAAGCUCCUUCUGAAAUACACUUUCGACGGCACGUCGGGGCUGCUGGUGCACUGCAUCUCUGGCUGGGACCGGACGCCCCUGUUCAUCUCGCUUCUGCGGCUCUCGCUGUGGGCGGACAACAAGAUCCACCCGAACCUGUCGCCCCUCGAGAUGGCGUACCUCACGGUCGCCUACGACUGGUUCCUCUUCUGCCAUGAUUUGCGUGACCGGUUAAGCAAAGGAGAAGAGAUUUUCUAUUUCUGCUUCAACAUGCUCAAGCACCUCGACACAGAAGAGUUCUCCGUACUCUCACUAAAAAUGCCAAGGGAAAGGAGGAACACGUCGGAGAGCAACCUUGAAAGCAUAUUCCUGGAGGAGGAGAUGCGUGGUAGCAACACAAGCCUCAACAGCAGCUGCAGCAGCUCUACGAGUGGCUGGAGCCAAGAUGUACCGCCGAUGUACUUUCCAGUGCCUGUGGACUCUGGCGACGAGUACCCUUUGAGCAACGGGAACUACGUGUGCCCCGGUACAAACGGAGCUGCCACACCUCCUACUAUGACAAACAGCAGCGAAAGUUCGGCCAGCACAGUGACCAAUGGCCGAGGCUCCUUGCCGCCCAGCAGCCCUAUGGCGGUGCCUACGUCGUUGCGUCAUCGGUCUGAGAGCUCCUCUUCCGUCAGCGCCGGCAGUUGGCAGAUCAUCAACGGCACGGGCUCUGUGCGGAGCUCCACAUCCACCCGAGACUCUCCCACAGCUUGGGAACUCAACCGGAAUUCCUCGAGCAGCCGGAGUAGCCUAAGCAGCCGUCACCAAGACGCACCCGCAGAUCUUCCAGACCGGACGUUACCGCGCAGCAAGUUCCUGCAGCGUCGCCGCGACCGGUUGCAAGAGGUCCGUCGCAUUGUGAGCAACAUCUACCUGAGCAUCGUGGCAGACAGGCUCGCCACCCCAAGGACAGACGGCAUCAGCAGAGUUUUACAGAGCUUCUACUCCUAGUGCUGCCAUGUCUGUCACUCAGCGAAGACGCGUAGUGGGAAGACCUUCCACUUGGCAGUGUUAUGGGUUCUGCCGUACGCUGUCCGCGGCCACACACGAGUGGAGGAUGCGGUAGAAUGUGGUUGUACAGCGCAAUGUGCAGAUAGCCGUUCGUCACUUGGGCUUCUAAGAAGCAGACUGGCAUCUGCCAAAUGAAAACCGGUGGAGUAAUAUGCAGGCCACCUUGUACAAUUUCUCUAAUAAGGAAGGACAGUCCUUAAAGGUGGCCUGUGUAUGCAUGUGUGUGCGUGUGUCUCGUGCAAGGACAGUGAAAAGAGACGUUGUUAUAGCUUUGGUUGCAUUGCGCGAAUAGCUGUGCAUUGAUUGUGCUCCAUGGACUGUGGUCCGCCGAUAGCAGUGCACAGAUGGUGGUGCACAGAUUGCAGUCUACGGUCAAGGCUUUCAGCCAACUGCGAAACAUCGAAUAGGCAGAGUUUGAGAAAUGUAUAAUAGAGUGAUGCGUGGACCGCCGUUCCAGUUCUUUGAAGCAGUGUGCGGGUAAGAAAGAUAGACUUGGAAAAUGGAACCUGUACGUCUCAGACAGGAGCAUCAGGAAAGUUUGUGGGCGUCUGUUUCUGUUUGUCCAAAGUUUGUGGGCGUCUGUUUCUGUUUGUCCAGCGGCAGACAACACAAGUUGCUUCCCAUGAAAUUGGGUUCUCGUCAUUGGAAAUUUGAAAUAAUUUUGUUUGGCUUUUGCCUUCAAUGCUGCUCAAUGUUAUCGAUUCAUAUGUGACAUGGGUAUGCGCCAUCAAGAGAAAGGUGUUUAUAGACCACUCAGUUGUACAUGCCAAAGAUGGAUUCUGAAUUAAGCAGGUGCAAUUUAUAUAGCGUUUCUGCGUCUCUUUUUAAAGCUUUUUGCCAGACAAUGCAAGGAUCGUGGUAACCACUAUCUUGAGAAUGCUCGCUAUUCUGAAAGUUUUUUCUAUUUACAUUUUGCGAGUUGUGGCAUUAGUGUCACGUGUGUUUAGCUCAGUUGGUGCGCCCCAGUUUGCUGCCGUGCAGAUAUUCGUGACAUUCGUGUGCGAUGUCUGCCGUAACGUUGCGUUAUCUCGAGAAGUUCUACUGUCUACUGCUCGUGAUAAGUGGCUGGUACGUGUGUGUGAUUUAGGGUGUUGAAGUUUGAACAAAUGUAUGCGUGCAAGUUUGCGCGUGUACACAGAAUGUGCCAGAAAAGUUCUUCCCUUUGUACAUGAAUGAGUUUUGUAGUAUUUCUCCUUUUUAUCACACAAUCGUCUCAGCCGGGCUGUCUUCAGCUGUGCAAGUAUACUAGUUGCGUUGAUAUAAGUGUGCAAGGGAUGAUAGAGUCGGGGCCGUGAAUCGUAGCGGGCAGUGUGCCCGUCGGCUUUCUCGUUUCGAAGACCACGCUGUUUGUGCUCAGAGUUUUGUAUGUAACAGCAAUGCAAUUCCCUUGUUUGUGUUUAUCUCGAGGACUGUUGAUGAGUGCCAAAGGAUUGCCCGGCUUCGGGCUGUCUAUCGUAAGCCUGAGCCUACAGCUUGUGAUUCUCGAGUGAAGUGUUCCAAUGCUGGAUAAGCCCAUGCGUGUCGCACAUGUUUUCCAGUGCGGUCCGGGCGGAGGUGUGAUAUGUCCUCGAGUGUGUUUUGAACUGCCCUUCUCCCCCCUCCAUAGGAGCCUGUCUGUCCCACUUGGCAUCUUAGUGUUUCUUAACAUGGGUACGGUGUUUGCCGAAAAUUCUGAAGCCGCUGCACAUGUGACUAUAGAGCUGUCGUCACGCGAUCCCUGUUUCUUCGAUAUGGAGUGCUUGCUGUGAACUGAUGAGAGCGAAUUGCAGGCCCUUCUAGGCUUAACUACCUAACCAUCAAUCAUCAUAAAUGCCUCUCAGUGAUUGCUGAGCUAUAGUUUCAUCGCGGGGCACACUCAAUAUGCAUUUGAAUGCACUGGAGCAGAGUGGUGUUUCUCAAGCCACUCCUCUUUGGGAGACAUUGCUGAGGGGAGUUCUUGAAUUACCUGCAGUGUGCGUGUAUUUGAAGGCUUUAUAAUCAAUUGGUGCUUCCAAAGCUACUCCGCAUCACAAACAUCACCAAAGAACAUCAUGAAGUGCCUCUGCUAUAGAUUGGCAUGGUAUUUCUCAAUGUACUACUCUCUUGGAGACAUUGUCGAGGAGUGUUCUGGAGUGUGCACGCUUGAAUGCUUUAUAGAGGAGUGCUGUUUCUGAAGCUACUCUUCAUUGUGAGCGUCACCAAGGAACAUCACUGAAGUGCAAGGGCUAUUGGUUCGAAUGGCAUUUGCCAAGCCACACUUUUUUUUUUUUUUUUUUUUUGCACAUCGCCGGGGAGCGUUACUAAGCUCAAUGACUGCUCGGCAAACACCUGAAAGUGCUGGAGUCGUUUGACCUUUUCGAAGGUACUUUUCAUCGCUGAGCAGUUGUUACGAUGAGCACGCUGACUACUCCAGCUCAAAGCGCACAUGGAGUGGAUGAUCAGCAGAAGUUACAGCCAGGAGCCAGUUCGGCACAUGCAGCGGCUUCCAAGCUUUCGACAAAUACUGCACACCUGUUGUUUGCCAUGUUGCCUUGACAGAUGUUUAUGGGUCCACACAAAUCUCGCUUCCACGAAGGGGCCCUUUCCAAGAGGUACAGUGCCAGAGAAUCAUGGUUUACCACCAAUCAUCGCGUGUUUGUUAUGCACAUUUCAUGUUCACAGGUGUCGCUGCUGCUACGUUGGUGCAGUCUUUCCUGCAGCGCAUCUGGGACCGCCAUCAUUUUCAUUCACGUUGCACAUUUUCACACACUGCCAUUUCGAUAUCAGAAGCAUCGUAUUUGCACAAAUAUGACGCAAGGGACAGGGGCAUCGACUUUUUGACAAUUCGGACAUUGUGUAAUGUAAUAUACCAGGAUUAUGUCACAAACUGACCGUAUGAGAUGCAGUCAUGGUUGCAGGCUCAAAAUGGACGUCACUAGAAUUGUGUGUUGCAAUUGCAUAAAGUGCUAAAGUUCUCACAGGACCAUGAGAUCUCAGCCAAUGGGCGUGCACCAGAGUAGCUGCACUUGCAAAAGUAUCAAACCAUGCAAGCGUAUAUGUAGCAAUGGACCGCCUUUUGCUGUUCAUUGUUGCUUUCAAUUCCUUGACUGCCCCGCCCAACCCCCCCUCACGCACGCACACACACACAUCUAGUGCACACAUGUCUGUGUUCUCUUCUAGGACAUUUGAGGGGCUGGCUCUCCCGUAAAACCAAGUCACUCAAUGAAGCUAAUAGUAUUUUGAAGUACAAAAUCAGAGGAAAAUAAAGUGCCACAUUAUCUUUAAAACAUGGCUUCGAACAUAACUUGAGGUCGUUUCUCAGGCUCAUAGUUAAAAAAAAAAAAAGCCAAGGGAUAACUGUGCAAGUUUGAGCGAUUCCACACCAGACACAGCACAGCUGCUGUCUAUUGUCAUUUUGACUACGUACGUUCCUUUGCUAGUUUACAAUAGGGCCACUGUUAAGAAGAUUAGGGUUUCAAGAAUUUGUAGGCACAGAUGGAAAGGGGACGGGAUUGGUGCCGAGCCCACCAAUGACAGCUUUCACUAAGAGACAAAAGAAAGUGUUGUAUUUGUGCUUUUACGGUUGUCUGAGUGCUGUAAUCCAGCUGCUGCCAGCGUUGUCGCAAGCUGCGUCGUUUUUCGAACGAAAUUUGAGCGCCUGACAAGCCGUCUCAUAGGAGUUGGCUGCUAACGAGGUUUGGCUAUGUAGCACGUGCCUGGACUGUGCAGUUCAUGCCUGGUCAGUGUGUUUUGAUGUGCUUUACAAGCACCUCUGUUUAAACUGUAGUGUGGCUUGAGAAGCUGUAGGUUUUCAUCAUCAACCAGCAUCGGUCGUGGCGAUGCGCGUUGACCAAAAAAAAGUGAACCUCCCAUUUGUGAAUAUGUUCAGUUCGACUUGUACCCAUACAUGCAAAUUACCUUUCUGUGAGAAAGUUUGUCGAGCGACUUGUCACUAACUUUGCAAAAGUCUUGUGUGAUGGUUGUUUUUUUACACGAGCGAUUUGUAAUAAAGGUGCUUGAGCAGUGGCUCACUUUCUUAAGAAA